AUGGAUGAUUUCAAUCUUCGUAGCGAAAACCCUAAUUCAUCAUCCACCACUUCCUCAUCCUCUUCCUCUUUCCACCGUCACAAGAGCGAAACCGGAAACACAAAACGGUCAAGGUCAACGUCCACGUUAUCGACGGACCCUCAGAGCGUGGCGGCUCGCGACAGACGGCACCGAAUUAGCGACCGUUUCAAGAUUUUACAAAGCAUGGUCCCUGGUGGUGCGAAGAUGGACACUGUAUCUAUGCUUGACGAAGCCAUUAGCUACGUCAAGUUCUUGAAGGCUCAGAUCUGGUAUCACCAAAACAUGCUUCUCUUCAUAAACGACCACGAAACUACAUCAUCUUGUACUUACUCUCCCGGCGCUGGAGAAUUUGGACCGAAACUCUUUGGUUAUGAUGACGAUUAUGCCCCUAUAAUGGACACAUAUUCACAAGGCGUGCCACUUACGGUUGCGGACUCGAAGUAUACGCCGUGGUUUGGUUCGGUUGAUGAUGAGCAAGAACGUGACUCGUCCUAG